UGCCACCUAUCAAUGCCAAUCAGUGCCACCUAUCAGUGCUGCCAAUCAGUGUCACCUAUCAGUGCCAGUCAGUGCCACCUAUCAGUGCCGCCUAUCAGUGCCGCCUAUCAGUGCCUGUCAGUGCCACCUAUCAGUGCCAGUCAGUGCCGCCUAACAGUGCCAUGCCAUAUAUCAGUGCCAUGUAUCAGUGCUGCCUUUCAGUGCCCAUCAGUGAUGCCUGUCAAUGCCCAUCAGUGCCACCUAUCAGUGUCCAUCAGUGCAGCCUAUCAGUGCCCAUCACUGCAGUCUCAU